GCCGCAAGUCUGUUUCGUAUCGACCUCUAUACUAUAGGUUCUUUCUUGUAUUCCACUCAUGGCCAAGGUUCCACGCAAUUUUCGGCUUUUAGAGGAGCUUGAGAAGGGCGAGAAAGGGAUCGGAGAUGGCUCGUGCUCAUACGGACUGGAGGAUGGCGACGAUAUCAUGAUGAGCAAUUGGAAUGGAACAAUCAUCGGGCCAGGACAUACGGUACACGAGAACCGCAUCUACAGCUUGAAGAUUUACUGUGGCGAAUCGUACCCGGAAAGGCCCCCUACUAUUCAGUUCAUCUCCCGUGUCAAUCUCCCCUUUGUUAACCAGACUGACGGGAAAGUUGAUCCUCACAAACUCCCAGUUCUUUCUCAGUGGGGCAGGAGCAGCAGCAUCGAGACUAUUCUUGUGGAGAUCCGGAGGGAAAUGGCAUCUUUCAAUAACCGGAAGCUCCCUCAGCCACCGGAAGGCAGCACAUUCUAGACAGCGUUCAUGUUUUGUUGGAAGAAGAAGUGAAGAGUCCCUCGUAUAAAGUGUUUAUCAACAAUUGUGUUCUAGCAUCAUCCCAAAUCCUGUUGUUUUCUUAGUGGUUUCUUAUUGCGAUACAUAGUUUUCACCAGCAUUUAUUCUUACAGAAAAUUACAGCAAAAGACUAUCGCGAUACCAUUCUUUAUGCUGCGACUGCUGAUAAGACUUUCUUCUAGCUUGUUC